AUGAAUGUUAAUAAUCUCAUUGUUUUUUUUGUAUUAGCACUGGCAUGUGCUGCUUCUAAUGUAAAUGCUGAGGCAUUUUUUGUGUUCGGAGAUUCUUUGGUAGACAAUGGCAAUAACAAUUACUUGGUCACUACAGCUAGAGCAGACAUGCCACCAUACGGGAUUGACUACCCGUCGCACUUGGCGACCGGUCGCUUCUCCAACGGCCUUAACAUUCCUGACCUAAUCAGCGAAAAGAUGGGAUGGGAACCCAUAAUGCCAUGCUUGCAUCCAAAUCUGACAGGGAAUAAACUACUUAAUGGAGCCAACUUUGCUUCUGCUGGGGUUGGCAUACUUAAUGACACUGGUUUCCAAUUUGUAAACAUGAUUCGAAUUUACGAUCAGCUGAGUUAUUUUCAACAGUAUCAGAAGAAUGUUAAAGCGCUUAUUGGAGAAGGACCAACUGAGAAACUCAUAAAUGGAUCACUUGUUCUGAUUACAUUAGGAGGCAAUGAUUUCGUGAACAACUAUUACUUGAUACCCUUUUCUCUAAGGUCUCUCCAAUUUACCCUUAAAGCAUAUGUGGCCUUUCUCAUUGUCGAGUACAAAAAAAUUUUACAGAGACUCUAUGAGCUCGGUGCUCGGAGGGUUCUAGUGACAGGGACGGGACCAAUAGGUUGUACACCGGCAGAAUUGGCAAUGCACAGCACGACGGGAGAAUGUGCGGAAGAGUUGCAAUUUGCCGCAUCACUCUUCAACCCCCAAUUGGUUCGAAUGCUUGAUCAACUCAACAAAGAGAUUGGCUCUGAUGUUUUCGUAGCAGUAAAUACCAAUGAAAUGCACAUGGAUUACUUCACCAAUCCUCAAGCUUUUGGAUUUACGGAAUCAAAGACGGCCUGUUGUGGACAAGGACCCUACAAUGGAUUCGGGCUGUGCACAAUGCUCUCCAACAUAUGUGAUAACAGAGAUGAGUAUGUCUUUUGGGAUCCAUUCCAUCCAUCAGAAAUGGCCAACAGACUCAUUGUACAACAGAUCUUCAAUGGCUCUAGAACAUACAUGUACCCAAAGAACCUCAACACCAUAAUGGCUUUGGAUUCCAGGGGUUGA